AUGAACGCCAACAUCAGGGAUUGGGUCCCGUCAUACCAUCCCCAAACAAACGGCCUCGUCGAGAGAUUCCAUCGUCAUCUCAAGGCAGCACUCACGGCGCACAGUUGCCCCGACAAGUGGGUUGACCGCCUCCCGCUCACGCUUCUUGGAAUUCGAUCUUCUUUCAAAGAGGACCUCUCCUGUUCCACUUCCGAGCUUGUUUACGGCACUUCGCUUCGCCUGCCUGCCGAUUUCUUCGAAGAAAGUGGCAGCGCCAACAAGCUAACAGCCACUGAAUACGUCGACCAGCUGCGCGAGGUCUUUCGACACAUUCGUCCGCAGCCUACACGCAGCCAGCCACGUGCAGCGUAUAUCGCUCAGGACCUACAAACAGCGACACAUGUGUUUGUGCGGUACGGCCCUGUGCGCGCCCCGCUUCAACCACACUACCUCGGCCCCUUCCGUGUGUUGGAGCGCCGGCCUGCCAACUUCGUCGUCGACAUGAACGGGACACGCGACACAAUCGCGCUUGAGCGACUCAAGCCAGCGUUCAGCGAGGCACCCGCGCUUAAUUACCUCGCCGUGCCUCCCUCCGCUGGACACAACGGCUCCUCCUCUCCAUCGUGCCUCUCGUCACCACCACUGCGCCGUGUUCAUUGGGAUGACGAUCGAACUGAAAAUCGCUCGUCGCACCAGCUUCCUCUCUAA